GUGCAUCAGAUUGUUUUCGGUUUCUUGUAGUGCCUUCAAUUAUUAGUAAUUUAGGGUGAUGAGUUAUCAUAUCUCUGUUAUUCUCUCAUCUGUAAGGAAUUAGUACAGUCAGUAUUUUUAGCCACACCAUGAAGGUUUGGGAGCGUAUCAUUGAGUAUAGGGUGCGGAAAGGGGUUUGCAUCUCUGAGAACCAGUUUGGUUUCAUGCCUGGCAGAUCGACUACAGAGGCCAUUCAUCUCGUGAGGAGGUUAAUGGAAGAAUAUAGGGCUAGGAAGAAGGACCUUCAUAUGGUGUUUAUUGACCUCGAGAAGGCGUACGAUAGGGUGCCAAGGGAGGUCUUAUGGAGGUGCCUUGAGGCGAGAGGAGUUCCCAUCGUGUACACUCGUGCGAUCAAGGAUAUGUACGAGGGGGCUAUGACCAAGGUAAGGACUUCCGGGGGCAACUCAGAUUCCUUCUCGGUAGGAAUGGGGUUGCACCAGGGGUCUGCCCUUAGCCCUUUUUUGUUCGCCUUGGUGAUGGACGUCCUAACUCAAGGUGUUCAAGACGGGGUCCCAUGGUGCAUGCUUUUCGCGGAUGAUAUUGUGCUUAUCGACGACACACGUGAGGGGCUAAACGAUAAGUUGAAAUUAUGGCGCCUUGCCCUUGAGACUAAAGGAUUCAGAAUUAGUAGGAACAAGACUGAAUACAUGGAGUGUCGUUUCAGCGGCCGAGAUACAGAAUCAGAGGUGGAAGUCAGGAUUGACUCUCACCUAAUACCUAAGGUAGACAAGUUUCGAUAUCUUGGCUCGGUAAUACAGGCUGAUGGGGAGUUAGAUGCAGAUGUUGGGCAUCGUGUUGGAGUGGCUUGGGCCAAAUGGCGAUUAGCUUCAGGAGUGUUGUGUGAUCCGAAGAUUUCGCCUAGAAUGAAAGGUAAGUUCUAUCGAUCCGUAGUCAGACCUGCUAUGUUAUAUGGGGCAGAGUGUUUGGCGGUUAAGAAGACUCAUGUGCGUCGUCUGCAUGCAGCGGAGAUGCGGAUGUUACGAUGGAUGUGUGGGAAGACAAGGUUGGAUAGGGUUUCGAACGAAGUUAUCCGACGUCAGGUAGGCAUGGCACCGGUGGAAGAUAAGUUGCGGGAAGCGAGGCUGAGAUGGUUUGGCCAUGUGAGACGGCGGGAUGCCGACGCCCCUGUACGGAGAUGCGAGAGGAUUACAGUUAUUGGGGGAAGUAGGGGAAGGGGUAGGCCUAGGAAGAAUUGGAAGGAGGUGAUUAGGCAGGAUUUAGGACUUCUCGACCUGUCUGAGGAUAUGGCCCUAGAUAGGAACCUUUGGAAAACUAGGAUUAGAGUAGCUGGAUAGGAGCUCGGUGUUGUAGAGGUAGUUUUGUACUGUGCUGUAUUUGUUUGGAAUCUUCUGCUAUUGUUUGUACUUGUU